UCUGUCUGUGUGUGUGUCUGCAGGCCAGAAGAGGGCACCAGACCUCAUUACAGACGGUUGUGAGCCACCAUGUGGUUGCUGGGAAUUGAACUCAGGACCUUUGGAAGAGCAGGCAAUGCUCUUAACCUCUGAGCCAUCCCUCCAGCCCUCCUAAUGUUAUUUUUGUCGGGUAUUUUGUCCCAGAGACCUCCAAAACAAUACAAACUACCUAAUAGUUCAGGGAAUGACCAACACUUAUCCCAAGGGUCUACGAUCUUUCUUUGUGAGGCGGAUAAAGUGAUCGGAAGAUGAAGGGACUUCUGGGAGCUGUAGUCCAAAAGCUCCCAAGAGGUCUUUCCUUGCAGUGGGGUAAUUCUGGGAAGUGUGUCCCAAAACUCUUCAGGGAAGGCGGGCGCUUGUUCUUCCGAUGGCUUCCGGGAAGUGUAGUUCAGGAGCUAGAACUAGUCAAGCCGUGUUCGCCCAUGGAGAGCAAGCCGCCGUUCUCUUUCGGACGAGGGAGGCGAGUGCAUCCCGCAUCCAUAACAGCCCCUUUCAAGUCUUUUUAGCCUGCGAAACGACGCUCCUGGAGCCCGGAAGUGCGAAAACGGAAGUUCAAUUCUCAUCCCCCGCCUCUUAGCAUCUCCCGUUGUGGCUGGGUUGCCGCGCAGUUAGGAUCUAAUGGGGACAGAUUAGCCCGCCUCCCUUUGUUUGGUCCCAACCGUAUCCUCGGGCGUCCUCCUCCUGGGAGCCCGUGACGAGAACCAUCCUUGGCUGUGGGAAAGUCUCCCCGUGUCCUUUCCCUAACGCAUCUCCAAGGAAGGAGGGACUUGUUACAGCCGUCACUGCCCCAGGCCUGCAAGGGCUCUUAACGCCCGAGGCAUUGUCCCCCCCCCCAGUGUAACCCAGGUGGCCUCAGACUUACUGUGCAGCCAAAGACAACCUCUUACUUGUCAUCUGCCUCCACCUCCCCAGUGCUGGGAUUACAGUUAUGCCUUCUCAGGACAGUGACCUUCCUCCAAAGGAACAAGAGAAAAUGGCUGAAUUUCAGGAGGCGGUGACAUUCAAGGAUUUGGCAUUGGUGUUUACUACAGAAGAACUGGGGCUGCUGAACCUCAUGCAAAAGAAGCUGUACAAAGACGUGAUGCUGGAGAACUUCAAGAACCUGGUUGCUGUGGGGCGCUUUCCCCACAAAGCAAAUGUGGUGUCUCUACUGGAAGCAGAAGAAAAGCUUUGGCGGAAGGAAACAGAAGCCCAGAGAAGUAGAUAUCCUGGCAGCAGGAGUGAACAUGAGUCGGAGACUACUGGGAGACGUGCACUAAAACACCUUGCCCAGGAAGAGCUGUCUUGCUGGCGCAUCUGGAAGCAGGUUGCGCAGGGAUUGAGCAGGUGUUUUCCGAGGAGGCGCUCUCAAGCACCGCAAGAUGAUUCCACUCUGGUUUCUGACAACAGCGGCAAUACAGGCAAUCCCGAAGGAGAUAGCACCAGCUGCCUUGAACAUGGAGACUUUUCAGUCUCAAGAACUCAUAAUUAUUGCCAAAGUAAGUGUCUGCAUAAUUCACAGAACCAGAGCAGAAAUAAGCCGGUCUGUGUGAAGUGUGACCUGUGUGUGUUUGCAGAUUCGAGGAAGAAAUCAUCGCUUUGUAAGCAGCUUAAAAGCAACAGAGGACAGAAGCCCUACCGAUGUGAGAGCUGUGGAAAGAGAUUCAGCAGUAGCAAGGGUCUCCUCAUUCACUGCAGAGCUCACAAGGGAGAGAAACCUUACAAGUGUGAGGAGUGUGGGAAAGGCUUCACCCGAAAUGCAGAUCUUCAUGUCCACUCCCGUGCUCACACCGGAGAGAAGCCCUGUAUGCGGAAGGAAUAUGGGGAAGGCAGCCGCCAGGAUUCCAGCCUUCAAGUCCAUCAGAAUAGCCACACUGACGAGAAGCAAUUCAAAUGUGAAACUUGUGGGAAGGGGUACAGUCGGUCCUCGAGGCUUCGCGCCCACCAGAGAGUUCAUACUGGGGAGAAAUCAUACAAAUGUGAAGUGUGUGGGAAGGGCUUCCGCUAUAGUUCAAAUCUUAAACAACACCAAGUAACACACACUGGAAAGAAACCGUCUAAGAGUCGGGAGUGUGGGAAAGGCUUCAGUUGCGGGUUGGAUCCCGCUUCUCAGAGGGUCCACUCAGAGAAGAAAGUCUACAAGUGUGAAGAGUGUGAUAAGAGCUUUAGUCAGCUCCUGGAUUAUCAGUCACAACAGCAAGUUCACACUGGAGAAAAACCACACCAGUGUGAGGUGUGCGGGAAAGGCUUCAGUCGCUUAUUUGGCCUUCAUUCCCACCAGAGAGUUCACACUGGGGAGAAGCCAUACAAGUGUGAUGUGUGUGGAAAGAGCUUUAGGUACAGUUCUCAGUUCAUCUACCAUCAGAGAUGCCACACUGGAGAGAAACCCUACAAAUGUCAGGAGUGUGGGAAAGGCUUUGGCAGGAGCACAGAACUUCGCCACCAUCAAAGGAUGCACACAGGAGAGAAACCUCACAAAUGUAAGGAGUGUGGAAAGGCCUUCAGUUUGCCCUCCAAUCUUCGAGUCCAUCUGAGCAUUCACAUGAAGGAGAAACUCUUCAAGUGUGAGGAGUGUGGGAAGGGCUUCAGCCAGCGCUCACGUCUUCAAGCCCACCAGAGAGUUCACACUGGAGAAAAACCAUACAAGUGUGAUAUAUGUGGGAAAGGCUUCAGUCGCUCCUCUGGCCUCCAUUACCAUCACAGAGUCCACACUGGGGAGACGCCAUACAAGUGUGAUGUGUGUGGAAAGGGCUUUAUAUACAGUUCUCAGUUUACCUACCAUCAGAGAUACCACGCUGAAGAGAAACCUUUCAGAUGUCAGGAGUGUGGGAAAUUCUUUGACACCUGCACGGACCUUCGCCACCAUCAGAGGGACCACAUGGGAAAGAAACCUCACAAAUGUAAGGAGUGUGGAAAGGCCUUCCGUUUCCCCUCAAAGCUUCGAGUCCAUCUGAUUACUCACACAAAGGAGAAACUCUUCAAGUGUGAGGAGUGUGGGGAGGGCUUCAGUCAGCUCUCAAGUCUUCAAACACACCAGAGAGUUCACACUGGAGAAAAGCCGCACAGAUGUGACAUCUGUGGGAAAGACUUCAGUCACGGUUCCCGCCUUCAAAACCAUAAGAAAACCCACACCUAAGGAAAGCAGCAGAGCCGGUGUGGUCGCGCAUGCCUGUGAAUCCAGUGUUGAGGAGGCCGAGGCUGGAAGAUGAUAGAUUUGUGGCCUGCCUUGGCUCCAGAGCAUGGCACUUUCUUAACUUUUGUGGAUGUGUCCAUCUACUCCAUUAAAACGAUAAUAUACCGGAGUAACACCUAGAACUCAUUUUUAGGGAAGAAAUACAGGCAGUGGUCAUCUUGGCAAGACAGAAUGAAUACCAGCAAUCAUCUUUCAGUGUACUGUGCGCCAAAAGGUACCAGGUGAACCGGCACUCAUCAAGUGCUGACUUCGCUCUAACUAACAGUGGGCACUAUUUUCACUAAAGCCUAAAGGUGUGGAAAAUAAAACUGCUGACUAAGACUUUCCUGUAGCUAAGGACUUAUCCUGUGCGUUCUUUUUUUUCAUGCAGUAUGGAGGGUUGCACUGAAAAAGGCUGUACCCAUAAUGCAUCUGUGAUCAUCAAAGGUAAAUUGAUGUCAGCCAUAACAGUAUGUAAGAUGUUCAUGGCAUCGUCAUUUUGUAAUUGGUUGGCCAGCAAAUGGACUUUCUGUUUUGCAGUCCAGUGGUAACUCUGCAAGCAUCAAGUGAAGAGAGGCAGAAUUAGCUAUGACCGCUGAUUCUAAUGGAGUAGUUGCACUGGGCACCUUUAUUCUGAACCUCCCUGUUGUAUCAGUGUGGGUUCACGCGGGUCCGUGAGGAGAAGACACAGAAGUACUUGAAGGAUGAAUUUAGCCUUGUCAGCUGCAGGGCCCAGCCUAUGGCUGGCUGACUCACUGCCACUUUGAUGUUGUAGAAUACUGUUUUGAGCUGUGUUGCUUUUUGUAGAAUAUUUGUUUAAUGAUGUAAAGAUGUGUUGCUUUUGUUUAUGUUGCAUUUGUUUAA